UUGCGCUCACUGACUUGCAGCUUGAAAGUUGAACACAGGAGCGGGUGGAGGCAGGAGGGCAGUGAGGGGGGGCACCAGGCGGUGCUGCCAAUGGAAACAGCACACACGACGAGCGUCGAGCCAGAGCGCCGCGUCGCCUCCAUGUCAGGUCCACUUACCUGCAAGGUGCGCAACGAAGAUGAUGGCAAUGAACGGCAAGCAGCACUUCUCCAUGCACCCCGCGCUGCACGCGAGCUCCGAGGGCAUGCGGCGGGUGUGUCUACCUGCCCCGCAGCUCCAGGGCAAUAUAUUCAGCGGCUUUGAUGAGAGUCUGCUGGCCCGCGCUGAAGCUCUGGUGGCGGCUGACAUUGUGUCUCACGGCAAGAGUCACCCUUUCAAGACGGACGUCACCUACCAUACCAUGAGCAGCGUCCCCUGCACGUCCUCCUCCUCCACAGUGCCCAUAUCGCACCCUUCGACCAACCUGCCCUCGCACCAUCACCACCACCUCAGCCACCAGACCCUGGAGGGGGACCUGCUCGACCACAUCUCCUCGAGUUUAUCCGUCAGUGGGAUGGGGGCCCCGCCGGACCCGUCGGUGAUGACCACGCAAGCCCACCAGCACCACCUGCAAAUGGGUCACCUGCACCAAGCCAUGGCCAUGGGCCACCCGCACGCCCUGACGGUCCACCACGGGAUGGCGUGCGUCAAUGAUGUGGAGUCCGAUCCCAGAGAGCUGGAAGCGUUCGCGGAGAGGUUCAAACAGCGGAGGAUAAAGCUCGGAGUGACCCAGGCGGACGUGGGUUCUGCCCUCGCUAACUUGAAGAUACCAGGGGUCGGGUCGCUUAGCCAAAGCACCAUCUGCAGGUUCGAGUCGUUAACGCUUUCCCACAACAACAUGAUCGCCCUCAAACCCGUCCUCCAAGCCUGGCUGGAGGAGGCCGAAGCGGCUUACCGGGAGAAAAACGGCAAACCAGACCCCUUUAACGGCAACGAGAGGAAACGAAAGCGCACGUCGAUCGCAGCUCCGGAGAAGCGAUCGCUGGAGGCGUAUUUCGCCAUCCAGCCGCGACCGUCGUCCGAGAAAAUCGCAGCGAUCGCGGAGAAGUUGGAUCUAAAGAAGAACGUGGUUCGGGUUUGGUUCUGCAAUCAACGGCAAAAACAGAAAAGGAUGAAAUAUUCAGCAGUGCACUAGUCUUGUUAUUGCAAACUAGACAUUUAAGGAACACCACAGGGAUCUAAAUAUUUCUUUAAAUCAUUUUAAGCCUGUAAAGACUCAAAGUAGCCAACCUACUUUUCAUAUUGCCUUCACUUGGCACACCCUACAAUUUUACACAACUUCACAUAAUAUUAAUUAGCCUAAUUUUUGGUCACACUUUACAUGACAGUGAUCAUGUGUAAUUACGUAUAGGUGUAACACUAAUGAACAACAUGUAGCUAAUGUUGUUUAAUUACAUGCAUUUAAUGUGUAAUUAUU